AUUUUCGCAGUGGCUUUUUUUAUUCAUAAAUAUCUUGUCGUCUGCUAGCUACGUUGCGAGCUCAUCUGCUUAACAAGUUGUUCCUCAGGAUUUUUUUAAGACCCAGAAAUUGUUAGACGCCAGCACUCUGAGGAACUUUAACGUAAAACAUUAACGUGACAGAAUUCUUCUGAAAACUACAAAGGACUUGGAAGAUCCAAUUGGAUUAUGGCACAGCGAGCGAGGGUUGUUGAACUAUACAAAACGUUGCUGCACUUGGGACGAGAUUAUCCAAAGGGAUACACCUACUUUCAUACAAAUCUGAAGAAAGCAUUUAUGAAAAAUAAACAUGAAACUGAUCCACAAGCUAUCGAUAAAUUGAUAUCUCAUGGGCAGUUUGUUAUUAAAGAACUUGAGGCGCUUUACAUGCUCCGAAAGUAUCGAACUCUAAAGAGGCGUUAUUAUAACCAACAUUAAAAAUGAUAAAAUAGCUAGAUUCACUGUACUGAUGGAAUACUCGUUUUAUGACUCAAAUGUUACAAGAUACCACUAUACUUAAUCACUUGGAGCAUUAUUGCAAAACCAUUUGAUGAAUAAAAGAAUAUUUAGGACGAUUAACAUCAA